GUGCAUGGGCUGACGUUGCUGCCGGGUGGCAAGAUGACCUUCACCAACGCUGCGGCUGUCAAUGCCGGCGCGCUGAGCGCCGACUUCAUCUUCCAGCUCGGAGGCUCUGUCCACUUUGCGAACUGCAGUGCAAGGCAUGGGGGUGGAGCCAUCACCGCGUUGUGGCUAGCCCAACGGCACGGCAACAUGACCUUCAGCAACUGCUCUGCGCAAUACGGGGGCGCUGUCAUUGCCGU